CUGACCGUGAAUAAUUCUUCACCUUUAAUUACAGUCUUUGAGCCCUCUGAAACCUAGAUUGUCGCUCCGUACACGCUCUUCAGACUCUAGAUACGCGAUCCCAUCAGCCCAUUCCAUUAUUGUUACAUUUGACCUGCUUCUGCGGCAUAGUGCUCCUUCGCUGGACCCAUCUCGCAUAGCACUUGGCCCAGCAUUCACGACGACACAAUGACUACAGCUCAGGCACUACUGCAACAAAAGCUGACCAUCACACCCAAAUCAGCUUCUCUCCUCAUGCGAGCCGGUUACAGCGAUUACCGCGAACUCAAAUAUGCCACGCCGAACGGUAUAGUCGAGCAGUUCACAUCCGAAUUCGGUAUCCCAAAGACAUCCGCCUCCGCUUAUCGGCGUGCAUGUCGCAGGCUGGUCUUUCUUGGAACACAAGACGAUCCCGAAGAGCAAGAGAAGAUUUGCGCUGACUGGACCAACAAAGGCCUAGCCGCUCGUGGAAUUUGGAGGGCUGACUUUGAUGAUCUGACGGGAGAGCAGAUUGCCGAGUUGCUUACGGGUACAGGAAAAUGAUAUGUUUCCGGAGGUAGGAGGGCUGCGUCACUUUGGAAUAGGAUAAGGUGCUAUUUGGACUACGGCCAUAUCGCAGUCGACAGAAGCAUUGUCUUCUAAAUAUCCAAUCUGUUUUCAUCCAUCUACCACAAAUGACUCAUCCCUUCUUGGGAAUAGACGCGACAUAAAACAGACCAUUUC